UUGAUUACAAAGACCACGAUAAUUCCUUCCCCAAAGCCCAGCAGCCCCCCAGCCCCGCGCAGCCCCAGCCUGCCUCCCACCGCCCAGCUGCCCGCAAUGCCCUCCAGCGGCCCCGGGGACACCAGCAGCUCCGCUCCGGAGCGGGAGGAGGACCGCAAGGAGGGAGAGGAGCCGGAGGAGGCUCGUGGCAAGGAGGAGCGGCAGGAGGCCAGCACGACCACGCGGAAGGUGGGGCGGCCUGGACGGAAGCGCAAGCACCCCCCGGUGGAAAGCAGUGACACGCUAAAGGACCCCACAGUGACCUCCAAGUCCCCGUCCAUGGCCCAGGACUCAGGCCCCUCAGAGUUGUUACCCAACGGGGACUUGGAGAAGCGGAGUGAUCCCCAGCCAGAGGAGGGGAGCCCUGCUGGAGGGCAGAAGGGCGGGGCCCCAGCGGAGGGAGAGGGUGCGGCUGAGACCCCGCCCGAAGCCUCCAGAGCCGUGGAGAAUGGCUGCUGCACCCCCAAGGAUGGCCGAGGAGCCCCUGCAGAAGAGAGCAAAGAACAGAAGGAGACCAACAUCGAAUCCAUGAAAAUGGAGGGCUCCCGGGGCCGGCUGCGGGGUGGCUUGGGCUGGGAGUCCAGCCUCCGCCAGCGGCCCAUGCCGCGGCUCACCUUCCAGGCGGGGGACCCCUACUACAUCAGCAAGCGCAAGCGGGACGAGUGGCUGGCACGCUGGAAAAGGGAGGCUGAGAAGAAAGCCAAGGUGAUUGCAGUAAUGAAUGCUGUGGAAGAAAACCAGGGGUCUGGCGAGUCGCAGAAGGUGGAGGAGGUCAGCCCUCCUGCAGUGCAGCAGCCCACCGACCCCGCAUCCCCCACCGUGGCCACCACACCUGAGCCCGUGGGGGCAGACGCUGGGGACAAGAACACCACCAAAGCAGCUGACGAUGAGCCGGAGUACGAGGACGGCCGGGGCUUUGGCAUUGGGGAGCUGGUGUGGGGGAAACUUCGGGGCUUCUCCUGGUGGCCAGGCCGCAUUGUAUCUUGGUGGAUGACGGGCCGGAGCCGAGCAGCUGAAGGCACCCGCUGGGUCAUGUGGUUUGGAGACGGCAAGUUCUCGGUGGUGUGUGUUGAGAAGCUGAUGCCGCUGAGCUCCUUCUGCAGCGCUUUCCACCAGGCUACCUACAACAAGCAGCCCAUGUACCGCAAAGCCAUCUACGAAGUCCUGCAGGUGGCCAGUAGCCGUGCAGGGAAACUGUUCCCGGCAUGCCAUGACAGCGAUGAGAGCGACACUGCCAAGGCCGUGGAGGUGCAGAACAAACAGAUGAUCGAAUGGGCUCUCGGAGGGUUCCAGCCCUCUGGCCCCAAGGGCCUGGAGCCACCUGAAGAAGAGAAGAACCCCUACAAAGAAGUUUACACAGACAUGUGGGUCGAACCCGAGGCAGCUGCCUAUGCACCACCCCCACCCGCCAAAAAGCCCCGAAAGAGCACAACGGAGAAGCCUAAGGUCAAGGAGAUAAUUGACGAACGCACAAGAGAGCGGCUGGUGUACGAGGUGCGGCAGAAGUGCCGGAACAUCGAGGACAUUUGCAUCUCUUGUGGGAGCCUCAAUGUCACCCUGGAACACCCUCUCUUCGUUGGAGGAAUGUGCCAAAACUGUAAGAACUGCUUCCUGGAGUGUGCGUACCAGUACGACGAUGACGGCUACCAGUCCUACUGCACCAUCUGCUGCGGGGGACGCGAGGUGCUCAUGUGCGGGAACAACAACUGCUGCAGGUGCAGCCCGGCUCCCUCGGGGGACCUCUUGGUGGGGCCGGGGGCUGCCCAGGCAGCCAUCAAGGAGGACCCCUGGAACUGCUACAUGUGCGGGCACAAGGGCACCUAUGGGCUACUGCGGCGGCGGGACGACUGGCCCUCGCGGCUCCAGAUGUUCUUUGCCAACAACCACGACCAGGAAUUUGACCCUCCGAAGGUGUACCCACCUGUCCCAGCCGAGAAGAGGAAGCCCAUCCGGGUGCUGUCUCUAUUUGACGGCAUUGCUACAGGGCUUCUGGUGCUGAAGGACUUGGGAAUUCAGGUGGACCGCUACAUCGCCUCUGAGGUGUGCGAGGACUCCAUCACGGUGGGCAUGGUGCGGCACCAGGGGAAGAUCAUGUACGUCGGGGACGUCCGCAGCGUCACGCAGAAGCAUAUCCAGGAGUGGGGCCCAUUCGAUCUGGUGAUUGGGGGCAGUCCUUGCAAUGAUCUCUCCAUCGUCAACCCUGCCCGUAAAGGACUCUACGAGGGCACUGGCCGGCUCUUCUUUGAGUUCUACCGCCUCCUGCAUGAUGCGCGGCCCAAGGAGGGAGAUGACCGCCCCUUCUUCUGGCUCUUUGAGAAUGUGGUGGCCAUGGGCGUUAGUGACAAGAGGGACAUCUCGCGAUUUCUCGAGUCCAACCCUGUGAUGAUUGAUGCCAAAGAAGUGUCAGCUGCGCACAGGGCCCGCUACUUCUGGGGAAACCUUCCUGGUAUGAACAGGCCGUUGGCAUCCACUGUGAAUGAUAAGCUGGAGCUGCAGGAGUGUCUGGAGCACGGCAGAAUAGCCAAGUUCAGCAAAGUGAGGACCAUUACUACUAGGUCGAACUCCAUAAAGCAGGGCAAAGACCAGCAUUUCCCCGUCUUCAUGAAUGAGAAAGAGGACAUCUUAUGGUGCACUGAAAUGGAAAGGGUGUUUGGCUUCCCUGUCCACUAUACCGACGUCUCCAACAUGAGCCGCUUGGCGAGGCAGAGACUGCUGGGCCGGUCGUGGAGCGUACCGGUCAUCCGCCACCUCUUCGCUCCGCUGAAGGAAUAUUUUGCUUGUGUGUAAGGGACAUGAGGGCAAACUGAGGUAGUGACACAAAGUUAAACAAACAAAACAAAAACACAAAACACCAACAACAUGAGGAUGGAGAGGAGUAUCAGCACCCAGAAGAGAAAAAGGAAUUUAAAACAAAAACCAGAGGCGGAAGUACCGGAGGGCUUUGCCUUGCACAAAGGGUUGGACAUCAUCUCCUGAUUUUUCAAUGUUAAUCUUCAGUCCUAUUUAAAAACAAAACCAAGCUCCCCCCCUACCCCACCCCCCCUUUUUUUUUGGUCAAACCUUUUGUUUUCUACUCUUUUCAGAGGGGUUUUCUGUUUGUUUGGGUUUUUGUUUCUUGCUGUGACUGAAACAAGAGGAUUUAUUGCAGCAAAACUCAGUGAAAAGAAAUAGUAACAAUACCUUGCAGAGGAAGGUUGGGAGAAAAGGAAAAAAGGAAAUUCUAUAGAAAUCUAUAUAUUGGAUUUUUUUUUUUUUUUUUUACUAUAUAUCUUUUUUUUUUUUUUUUUUUUUUUUUUUUUUUGUUGUCUCUAGCCUGAUCAGAUAGGAGCACAAGCAGGGGAGAGAAAAUAGUGACACUCAGUGGCAGAAUUCCCUCCCAGCCACUGAGCUGUCUUGCCAGCACCAUUCCUGGUCAUGCAGAACAGAGCCCAACUAGCAACAGGGAGACAGAACACACAAGACCCUUUUAUACAGUAUUUCAGGUGCCUACCACACAGGAAACCUUGAAGAAAAUCAGUUUCUAGAAGCCGCUGUUACCUCUUGUUUACAGUUUAUAUAUAUAUGAUAGAUAUGAGAUAUAUAUAUAAAAGGUACUGUUAACUACUGUACAACCCGACUUCAUAAUGGUGCUUUAAAACAGCGAGAUGAGUAAAAACAUCAGCUUCCAUGUUGCCUUAUGUGCAAAGGGUUUUAACCAAGGAUGGAGAAGGGAGGCAGCUUGAAGGUGAAUUGUUGCCAUGGCGGGCUUUCCCCUGGGUAUUUAACAAGGCGAAGGGGGAGAAUCCGGGACCCUUGUUCUCCUGCUUCUCCCUGCCAAAAAACGGGGGUGAGAUGAGGUGGGUCGGACCGUGGAGAGCUGAGAGAGGGAUUCAUCCAGGCUCACGCAAUAACCUUUUGAUUUUUUUUCAAAAAGGAGACUCCCUCGGCAAGAUGGCAGGAUAAGGGGUCUUCAUUCCCAAUUUCUCACAUUAGCCGAUUUGAGGGCUCCUUGUGGUGGGAUCAGAAAUAAUCCAGAGUGUGGGCAAGUGACCGUUAAAACCCCACCUGGAGCAAAUAAAAAAACAUACAAAACGUACUGGUGCUUUCCUGUCUAAGUCGCCUUUUGUGUGUUCUUUUAUGAGGCCCUCACCAUCCACCCUCUGCACAAGGCGGCUUCCGGCCCCUGGAAUGUGAUGUUUUUGGUCAUCUCCAAAGGCUGCAGUUUUAUACUGGGAGGCUGAUGACACCUUUUGUUAUAAUUAUUCUUAUGGUUCUGGUUAUAAUUAUGUUUGUUUUCAGAUUUUUCUUUAAGAAAACAAAAACCCAACCCCCCUCCCUUACGGUUUCAAACCAAGGUGCGGGGAGCAGGGUGCUUCUAAGGUAGCGGUGGCCCUGGUGCCCUGGCUCCCCACCCCUCGGGCCAGGUGGGCCACUGGGCGCAGCGACAGCUGGGCGGCCAGGGGAGUCCCUGAGGCCGGCCUUCCGGGCGCGUCCGUCUUCUCUUCUACUUCCCCUCCUCUGAGUCACGCGUGUCAGGGCUGGAGGGGGGACCGGGCCAUCUCUCUCCUCGUGUGUAUGAUUGGAGUGGUGUGUAUUUCUUUUCUAGUACUUGGUCUGAUGAUAGCUGCGCUCUUAGCUGGAGCCGGCGGCACCUGGAGUCCCAAGUGCACGGACACUUGGUUCCACCUCCUACCGAGGCAGGCAGCCUGGCGUUGGCGGUAGGCAGGGCCAGCAUUGGGGGCUCCAGGGUGAGGGCCCAAUGGGCAGAUGCUUGCCUGGAUAGAUGGGGUGUAGAUAUGUGGCAUAUAGAGAUAUAUAUUUUAUAAUGGGAGGGGGGUUGGCACCUCCUGGGACUGGCAGGGCUGGGAGGUGUGCUGUCAAGCACAUGGUCCCAAGUUCGCAUCCCUAGAAAGAUAGGGCCUACGGUGAUAGGCGCUAUAUAAAUACAUAGAUAGGGUCAUGUAUAAGAAAUAUUAUGUAGUGGGGAGCGGGGCGAGGGGGCUCAGAGUGUUGAGCCUCGGGUCGCACUGCAGACAUAAGCCCCACACCAGUCAAUCAGUCCCACACGCAUACACAGGAACAGAUUCCUACCGAUGCAGAAUGGGCGCGCGCGCACACACACACACACACACACACACACACACACAGCCAGGGGGCUCUCAGCGCUCUUCUCCCCAGAAUUCAGGACUUUGUGGCGUCGGCCCUGCAGCUCUUUACCUCUGUUGCCCUGAUUGCAGGUAGACUGUCAAUCCCAGAAGUUGCUAGGUGCUGAAGGCAGGAAAAGGAGGAGGUUUUAUUCCCGCAGGUGCUCUCCUCUAGCAGGUAGCAUUCUAUCUCUUUUGCCCCUGGUGAUGUCAAAAGAUUCUUCUGUUAGCAACCUGUGAUACUGACCUGCAACUCUAGGCACCAGUCAAGUCAGCCCUCGACUCCCCCUACCUAUUCUCCCCCAACUAAAAUAAAAUUGACAUCCAGGUCUGUCUCGGCCAGGGGGCUUCCAUUGGACAAAAAAAAAAAAAAAAAAAAAAUGGGACAGUGAAACUCAUCUUUUGAAUAAAGUAAAUUAGUAAUUGGUGACAAAACUAAACCAAGGCUUUGAAUCCCUCGCUCAUUGCUCAGGAGUAAGCUCACAGCUGGUGGCCACAGUCUCGCGGCCCUUUAGAGGUGCUUGGUCCUGGGCUUCAAGCCACGCGUUUCCUUGUCAAAUUGGUUUUUAAGAUCACACCCAGUCGGCUUCCUGCCAGCUCUGUGACAUGACGGCAUGUGGCGAUGGUGGGCCCCCUUGGGGCUGGAGCAGCUAGGAGGGGGGUACCUCUGCCCCUCCCUUGUUGGAACCCCUGUACCUAACCCGUGGUGCUCGCCCUGUCCCCUCCUUCUCCAGCCGGGCUCCAUCUUCCUGGCCUGGGUCCACCAGCACCACUCCAGGAGGGCUGUGGGGAGGAGGGGCUGCCUCAGGCAGUCCAAGGUGCUCCCUCCCCCACUGGCCAACGCUAAGGUCUUCGCAGCCCCCAGUGUCAGGACCGGCUCUUCACGGGCCUGCCUCUGCAAACAGACUUUCCAGCUCUCCUGGCCAUCCUAGGCCUUUUGUCCACUGCUUACAUGAAGGAGUUUGCCUUUCCCCGUGGCCCAGGCUCCUCCCAGGGGGUUGGUGUGGUAGCCGUGGAGAAGGCGGGUCUGAGGGCUUAGUGUGGGCUAGCCAGCUUGCUCGGGGGAGGCUUGGAUGUUGUGGCUGAUACUUAAGAGGACUUAAGUAUCCUGGUUCAGCAACCUGACUAGGCCCCAGAAUGGGCCAGAUGACAGUUAACAAUCACCAGCUUUUCUUCCAGCCCACCCCAGGGGCUUGGUCCCCCAGUAGAACUUGGGAGGGUGCAGGGGACCUUGGGAAUGUGCCAGCCUGACCAUGCCCAAUGCUUGCAACGGUCUGCUUUAGCCCUGGGUGGGGCGUUUCUGGGGACAAGGAUCUGGUCACCUUCUAAAGGAGGGCUGGGCUUUGGCGAGGCAGGGUUGUGUGAGGAUUAAGGAGGGGCUCUUUACACUUGCUGUGGGUGAAGCUGAGGGUAGAGGUGUGGAGAAGAAGAAACCAAGAAGGCCUAGGGAAAAUUCUGGAGUAUGUUCACCAGUGGGAUUUUUCUUAUAAAAUUUAUCCCUGGAAACCAGGGCUUCUAGGGACCAAGGAUGAUGCCUCCCAAUUCGUUUCAGGUGCCAAGUAGAAGGUGGUGCCAAAGAGAUCGGUGGCUUUUGGGGGAGGUCGCCGGGGGCUUGUGCCAGGGUCACAGAGCCGUCGGUCGCCUGUCUGAGGAGGAAGUGAGUCUCCCGUAGGCGGCGGCUGAGCCCUGUGGGCCGGGCUUCAAGCCGGCUGGUGCUAAGCCCCUUCCCCGUGGGACUGGCUGGAGAACAGUAGGCUGGGGGAGCAGCAGGUGAGGACUGGGUGGGGAGAGGGUUCUUGCUGUCAGCAGAUGAUGCCAUGAGUGUGUUACUGUUUUUCUCUCUAGACCCCAGAACCUUCCUGCUAUUGAACAUUCUUCUAGAAAGCAAACUUCCCCAAAGAGCAUCCAGGACCUCUUAGCUUUUGAGACAGGCCUGGGAGUGGUUGACUGGUGGAGAUGCCCGUGGGAGUCUUGGUGAGUCGCUAGGGUGUGGAUUGGGACAGGCAGACCGGGCAGCAGGGAAGGCUGCUGGACACUGAACUGGUAUUGUGAGGGCCGGCUCCCCUUCCUUCCCGCUUCGCUGGUGGUUCUGGGAAAUCCUAGAUGGGAAUACGCACCAUCUCCGACACAGGAAGGUCUGUCUUAGGAGCCAGGGAAGGAGUAUUUCCGUGGAGCCAUCUGGGAAGUGUGUUCUCCAGGAAAACUGCCAUCCGGAGUCUUCCCAUGUUUGAUGAUUUAAGUAUACAUAAAGUCGAUCUUGGAGGAGGGUUUGAAUUCCUGUUGCUGUUCUGCUUGGCCAGAGAUCGCUGUGGCUUUCGGAGGAGUCGUUUUUAGGAAACUUGCAGGAGCCCCCUCGAGCUGUGGAUUAGGGCCUUGGGGCCUCGCCUGGCACUGUGAUCUGGAGAGGACUGGCUGUUUCCUUUGGUCAGGGGAAAAGCAGACCGAAGAUUCUGGCAAGAUCAGUUUCUAGCCAGGCCCCAUUCUGAUCCCAGGAGGUGAGGGAUCUGAAUUUGUCUUUGGGUGUUGUCUAGGCCGGUUGCUCCCAGUGCUUGUGAUUAGAGGUGACACCAGAGUUGUCCUUGGCAGGAGAGCUGAAGGCUUUCCUCCAGUGCAGGAUGGAGGGGUGUUGUGGAGGCCUGUCCCGGAGCUAGCACGGCCGCCCGGCAUGACCCUGCUGACGCAGGGAUUAAUGACACAUGUUUGCAGGAUCCGGGAGGAGAGAGGGGGAGAUUAAUGGCAAGGAUAGACUCCACGGUUCUAGCAGAAGCUCUCGAAUCUUUACAUUUUGGUAAAGGAAAGCCUGGGUGUCUUUGGGAAGUGAGGCCAGUCCCUCCUGUCCCCGUGUGUCUCAGAGACCUGGCUGAGGCGGGCCUUUGCUUGGUGACCGCUCGCUCAUUGAGGACCCUAGGCAGGGGAUCUUCUGGGGCGGGAUAGACAGGUGGACCUAAAGCAACAAGGACAAGGACGCAAGGUUCCCUUUGCUAGUUGUGACUGGCUGAAUUGCCUGAACGGAGGCCCACGGACUCCUGGAACUCUGGUAACUGGAAACCACCCCCAAUCUGCUCCACCCGAGGGCCACGGGAGGGCGGGCGGCUCCCCCCAGGCCCCCUACCCCAGCCCCACAGCCUCCAGCUCCCCGCGCCUGAGGACCUGAGCAGGGAAUCGAAAGCCUCACACCAGUCCCAUUUCACUUCCCAGACCAAUUCGGUUGCAUAGCAUCCAGAAUUCAACCACCAACCAAAAUGCCGAAAUUUCUUAGAAUACGCAGAGGGAGGAGGUGACUCAACAAGGUGCUAAAACAUUUUAUUAAAAAUAUAUAUUGUUAAAUUAAGUCUGCUGUCUGGACAAUGACUGUUUGUUUUGUUUUCUUGUAGUGGAGUUUAAAAGAGACUAUUAUUUUACUCUGAUAUAUUAUUAUUAAAAAGGCAUUUUAACUUUGUACUUGAAAACUAAAUGAGCGAUUUCAUGUGUUUUAGCUGAGGCAUUGAAGUAGGGGGUGCUUACUUAUUUGUGGGAAAUCAUGUAUUCAUACUGAAGAAUAAACUCUGUAGCUGGUUUGGUAAUACCUUUUACUGUUACAGACGAGUUCGCUUUGACCCCGUCCGGCAGAGCGCUUUUACUCCACAUUCCACGCAGCUAAAUGCAGGACUUCCUCCCCCCGCCCCUUCCCUCCCCCAGCCUUUCUCUUCAGUUCCUCUUUUUUCCUUUUUUUUUUUUUUUCCCUCCUUUGGGGUUGGGUUUUUUUUUUUUUUUUCCUUUGUUUGUUUUCCUGGUUCCAGCAUCCUUUCACCACUGUAUUUUUUUUUUUUUUAGGGUUGCUUCUCUAUUUAUUGACAAUAAUAAUGUACAUUUCACAGUCUGGUUCUGGGACAUCCAAGGAGGGGCGUGGGAGGGGGGGGCCCCUCCCCGAGUGGGUCCCCAGCCCCGUCCCCCGGUGUUCUGUUGUAUCUCUGUGUAAGUGAUGCUCGUGACAUAGCUGUUUAUGAAAUAAUUAAAGAGGUCAAUGCGUACAGCAGAUGUAGAAAGUCUGUCGGUUCCGCCUUCAUCACAUUUUUUUUGUGCCCAGAAGAAUAUAAUAAAGCUCUUUCUAAUGUCCUUGUGCUGGAGAACACUUGAAUAAAUGGACUGUUUUUGUGCAAAAAGAAAAACGGAAAAA